AUGCCCGAUCCGUUAGCAUCCCCCAGAUCAUAUCCCCUCGCCCUUAGAGUCGAGGAUCAAUUACAGAAAUUACAGGCUCGGGAAACCUCAUCAUCAUCCGCCCACCUCACGGUUGAGAUGUUGUGGGAUAGUUUGCGUGGUCUCGGAGAUUUCAACAAUUUCGUCCUGCAUUUGCUUCAAUCUCCACUCACCCAACAAGCCCUAAUCUGCAAUGGGAGCGACACAUGGUUGAAUGAGAUGUUGGAUGGUUCUCUUAAAAUAUUGGACUUGUGUGAAACUACUAAGGAUGUCUUCAAGCUAAUGAAGGAAGAUGUGCAGACCCUCCUAUCUAAUCUUCGACGAAGAAGAGUAAGUGAAAAGGCCUAG